GCUAGUUUAUUUUUCGCCAAUCGCGAGGCCUCACACCAAUUCGUCAUGAAUCCAUGGGGUUGUCUCUGCCCGGGGAAGUGUGGGGUAAGCAGGGGGUGAUUGGAAGGAUUCAUCUAUGGAUGCUGACGGUGGCUUGGGCUCAAUAUAACUUCAUACCUAGGUGUUUCGACUUACCCAUGUGAAUACAUUCCUCUGGGUCCCACUCUGCAGACAGUGCAGAAUGCAAUUCCUCAGACUCAUCUCGUACGGCUCGAUUGGUGGACUUGCAACAUCCAUUUGCGACAUCCAGAUGAGGACUCUUCAUACCGAGGAUCUCCUCAUUGUCUCAUGAUGAUGAUGGUCUACAACAAAAGUCAGGGCUGGAAAACUAUAUAAAGCCCAUCGACGCCGGCUAUCCAUGCCUCACCAUCAAAUCACUCAACAAACAGACAGACAGCAAAAUGCAAUUCAAACUCUCUACUGCCGUGCUCGCCACCCUCAUCGGCGUGGCCAUCUCGGGCCCCCUCGUGGUCCGCGACGCCGCCACCAUCCUCAGUGACCUCAGCACCAUCAAGACCGACAUCAACACCCUCACCCAGCACUUCAACGCGUUCACCGGCGACCUGUUGCAGGCCCUGGCCGCCCAGGCCGUCGAGCAACAGCUGGAAAGCGACAUCGACAAGGCCACCUCCGACGCAAAGGCCACCUCGGCCUUGUCUGCCGCCGACAGCACCAGCGUCACCAAUGCUCUUCUGGGCUUGAAGCCCGAUAUCGUCACUUCGCUGAAUGCGAUUGUUGCCAAGAAACCCCAAGUCGACUCCGCCGGCGUGGGCAGUCUCGUCCUCGCCGACCUGAAUGCCCUGCAGAGCAAGACGGAUACACUUUCCGGUGCUGUCCAGGCUAUUGCCACUGCGACUGACAAGGGUACUAUUGUGUCUGGUACCAAGGAUAUUGAUGCUGCGUUUUCCAGCGCUAUUGCUGUUUUCUCUUGAUCAUCCGGUGGGGGAAGAGGCUCAGCUAGCGUUACGGAGUAUAUACUGAUGAUGAUGAUGACAAUGAAGAUUCAGAUAUGGCAUGGCUAUCUGUUCUGGAUGACUGGCCAGCACGAAGAC